CUAAGACAUUGUGAUUUUUGUGUUGAAGAUGUACAUGUGCUAAAUCAAGAUUUAAAUACCAUUAUUUCAAAGGAUUUUUGACAACUCUGCUAGUUCCGGAUCUGCUCAGCCGAUAUCCGUAAUGAAAGUAGUGAGUUUACAACUACCAUCGGGGCCGAGUAUGGAGCGGCUGCCGUUGCCUUUUAGCCCGACGGAACUCCUGUGGCGGUAUCCCUUGCCGUGGGCACCGCCACCCCCGUCACCUCUCGGAGACACUAAGGCUCAACUGCCGGCUGGUCUCCCACCGGAGCCAAGAUUAUGGACUCGGGAAGAUGUCGCAGUAUUUUUAAAAUGGUGUGAGAGGGAAUUUGACCUACCAAACUUUGACAUGGACCUCUUCCAAAUGAAUGGUAAAGCAUUAUGCCUUUUAACGAAAACUGACUUGGGUGAACGGUGCCCGGGGGCUGGAGAUGUUUUACACAACGUUCUUCAAAUGCUAGUAAGGGAUGCGGCACUUCUAGGACGAGUGCCUUCAUCACCUGUGACGCCCACGGCACGCGCUGCCCCGUACCCACCAUCGCCACAUUCACACCCUCCAACGCCGACAUGGUCAGUCGAUGGUUUCCAUCACUUUCACAGUGCAGCUGCUGCUGCAGCUCAACCGAACUCGGUGACAUUAAGUCCCGCACCAUCUGUAGACAGCUCAGGAAGUCCACAAAGAGGGGAGGCAAUGACAUAUGCACCGGCCUACACACAAUCAGUACAAACGAAUGUUCAAGCUGGAAGCUCUGGCAGCAAUCAAAGCGAUUCUGAUGAAGAAGCUCAAUUCUCGCAACCACGGUCACCAAAGGAAACUGCCCUCCCGAGCCCAGCGCCUCAAACCCAUUCUGUACCACAACACCCACACUAUCGUAAUCAGCACCGAGAAUUCUUUCCUAACGAUAUGCCAGAAUCUAAUACAAAUGGAAGACUUUUAUGGGACUUCUUACAACAGCUUCUAAAUGAUCCAACACAGCGGUACACAAAUUACAUUGCUUGGAAGAACCGGGAAACUGGUGUCUUUAAAAUAGUAGACCCAGCUGGCCUAGCUAAAUUGUGGGGUAUCCAAAAGAACCACCUUUCAAUGAACUAUGACAAGAUGUCCCGAGCCUUAAGAUACUAUUAUCGAGUAAAUAUACUACGAAAAGUUCAAGGCGAAAGGCAUUGUUACCAAUUUUUAAGAAAUCCGACGGAAUUGAAAAAUAUUAAAAACAUAUCUCUGUUAAGACAACAAAUGAGUCCUACACGCGUUCCACCGCAGCAACCAGUUGUGAAAGCUGAAAUGAAAGAAGAACGCUGUGAAGACGAGAAUGUUGACGAGGAUAUGCCAACAGACCUAAGUAUGUCUGCUUCUGAACCUUGGCGGAAGAGACCACGAGCAGAAGCUGUACCGACGUCACAGUCUCACGACAAACACCGCAUUAGUGCUCUCAUUGGGGAAACAAUGAUGUUGAAACGGGAACCGGAGUACAGCGCUGACCAUUACGCUCUCAAUUUAAAAAGUGAAAAGUGUGAACAAUGACUUUCCUACAGAAGAUAAAAAGUGAGACAGUUUUAAAUCUUAUACACACAUUAGUAUCUCUAGUCAAAUUCUUCUCAGGCGUGUAGGUAGGUAUAAUUAUUGUGAAUAUA